GUUUCAGGAGUUACCACUGAAACCCCGAAAAGUUCCAGCUUUUCUUUCCCGAGGGAAGAGAAAGGACUCUUUGAUCGAGCUUGUUCCAGCCGGGAAGUUGAGAUAUUCAUACAUGAUGAGCUGCAGCCAGAUAAAGGAUUUGAUCGUCUUUAUGAUAAAGCUAUUGACUCCUUGUACAAAAAAUUACGAAGAGUCUUGCCGAAUACAUUCUAUGGGAUUCAUGACUUCAUCGAGGUUAGUGAUGAAACACUUCCCCACCCUCCAACUUGAGAAAGACGCUGGGUUAAUAGUAUCGUUGAUAAUGUCGUCCCUAGACUUGGUUUCCUUCCCUAGAAGAUACUGGGAAAAAAAUAUGAACCUAGUAUAUGGCCUCGCUAUCCAUGAGUUCUCCGUAGCUCAAGUGGAUAGAACGUCCGCCCGGUGUUUGGGAGAUCAUAGGUUCGAAUCCUGUCGGGGACUCAGAUUUUCUCUUUGUCCCACGCUCGUAACAUGCUGAUUUUUCACAAGAUACUGGAUGUCUUUAAAAAGGGCGUGGCACAAUAACCAGCCAGCAGAAUUAUUCUUAAAAAUACUAAAGGUAAUGGUUUUUUAAUACAGAGAAAGAUACUAAGAAUUCGUAAAAUUUGAAACGCAGGUUUAUGAAUGCUAGCCUCAAUACCAACGCUGAUUUUUACCUCUAAGAGUUUCGUUUAGCGAAUCCGAUACUUUGCGCUGAGUGCAACCAGGGUCGCGGCUCAUGGUAAAUAUAUACUAUAUAUAUAUAGGAAGAAAGUGAUAAAAAAUGCUAUGAUUAGACUCUACUUGCCUGCCUUGUAUUUGUAGGGUGGAUCCAUUGCAAAAGGCACUGCAUUAAAAAACAACUCCGACCUGGAUUGCGUGAUGGUCACGAAGAACAUUAAAGACGCUUCCCAGUUACGAGCAAAACUACCCGACGUCCUGUGUGACCUAGAAAACCGUUUGGGGAGCCGUAUAGAUCUCAAAUGGAAACUAACUUUCGAAAAGGAAACGCCGUUUUCGUUGCAGUUUAACGUAUCACGUUUUUCCCACCCUAAAGAAACCAUUCAGGUUGAUCUCUUGCCAACAUUUGAAGCAAACGUAGAAGGUCACAAUGGUAUGUACUUAUUAAAGCACAAGGGUUGCAACAUUGCCUUCAUGGGUAGUGACACUCGCCGUUUAACAUCUUGAACUUCUUGAAAUUUUGUUUCCCCGAAAUUUCUUAAAUAAGCUUAGUAAUAUGCUCAAAGCUCUUUUAAAUAAAGACCUCAUCGUCGCUCCAAGUAAAAUUCCUAAAAAAUGAUGUCUUCUCACCAGGGUCCCUCGUUCCCACAAGAUGGUGACCGUGUUAGCCUUGGUCCAUUCGGCUUGCUUCGCUCGCAUAUUUUUGCUGUUUCACCACGUUUUUUUUUUCGGUCUGUUUAGUUUCUACCGGUGUCGCGUUUAUUUCUUGCAAAUUUCAAUGUGUAUUCCCCAACGCUGGGAAGUGCAACAGAUAUACAAAAUCGUGAGAAAAACGGUUCAUUAGCUUUUUGUAAAAAUACUCAGUUUAUGACGUUAAAUCUAAGAAAAAAAUAAAUAUUCUUUGUCUUAAAAGGAGAAAAGUUUUACAAAGAAAUGCUUAGCGAUACUAAAGAGAACUGGCCUUACUACUCUGCUGCUCUUGUGAAGAUACAAACAGACUUCGUCAGAGAGCUACCCGCAAACGUAAAAGACCUGAUUCGAUUGGUGAAGUACUGGCACAAGACGUUCAUUUCACAGACUGGUGGUGAGCACCUCCUGCCCUAUUUUUUACUUGAGCUUCUCACAAUACACGCCUGGGAAAAUGCAAAUCGUCCAGAGGAAUUUGACAUGAGGAUUGGUUUUAAAGCGGUUAUGGAGGUUCUACAGAAUAACCGAAGUCUUCACGUUUCUUGGGAUCGAUACUUCAAAAGGGAUUUAAUUCCAAGCAGGUACAUUCAUGAGGCGUUUAAACUAGUUUUCCCAGGAUUAAAGGAGCCGUAUUUUACACUCUCGAGGACACAGGCCAUCUCGGGAUGCAGUCUCCCACGCAGGUGUUUUAAUCUCGCGUGACGAGGAAAAAUCGGCUGUGUGGAAAACUAGCCUGAGAAAACAGCCGACAUUUCGCGACCCCAACACUGGUUUCCCAGCGAAAUGACGUCUGAGAAACAAGCGUAGAAAUUCCAUGCUGAUGACGUGUCACUACCCAGAUCUGGGUAUUGCUUCUGACUGGUUGAAGAAAAUUUCCUACGCGGCAGGACCAGUAAGAAGCACUACCCAGAUCUGGGUAACGACACGUCAUCAGAAUAGUAUUUCUGUACUCGUUUUUCAGACUUCUUUUCACGGGGAAACCAGUGGUGGCGUCGCCAAAUGAUGGCUGUUUUCUCAGGCUACACGGGAGACUGGACGGGAGACUAUCUCGCAUGAUGUGUACACACCCUCAUGAGAAACGUUACUUUUUGGGUGCUUUUUUAUGCUAUUUUUACUAGUUGACAAGUACCAGUUGACAAAUCUGCUAGGAAUGCCCCUGGAAUGAAGAAAUUCGAAAAACGCACUGUUAAUUUUUUUUCCAAAUAUUCUGUUUUCUUGAUUGUAGAAUAUUUAAUAUUUAUGGUAUAUUUCCUUUUUUGGGCAUUUCAGUAUUCUGUGUGGGCCAUAUAUAAUUGACCCAGUAAACCCGACCAAGAACCUGUACAACGACGUUAACUGUUGGCCUAAGGUGAAAAAGGCUGCGAAAUACACCAUGUGGAAACCCCUUCUCAGGAACAUACAGGUUACUGCUAACUGGAGACAAGAUUCAACAGACUGUGUCAGCAUGUGA